AUGUUAAACGAAACCACAGUAUUCUCAAUCACACUUGUUCGGGAAUAUUUUACAAAAUGGCUGUUGAUACCAAUGUUUUUUAUUGGUAACAUAACGAACUUUUUAAAUUGUUUUAUAUUUUUACAACAGUCGUUACGUAGACAAGUUUGUUCUUUUUAUUUUGUUUGUAUAUCAAUCACAAAUUUAUUUGUUAUUGACUUUCUAUUAUUAACAAGAGUGAUGAUGAGCGGUUAUAAUUAUGAUCCAACAACAUGGUCAGAUUUAUUUUGUAAAUUACGUACAUAUUUAUGGUUUGUAUUUAAUCAAUGGCCUCGUUCAUUUCUUAUACUAACAUGUAUAGAUCGAUUUCUAAUUAGUUCAUCGAAUACAAAUUAUCGACAAAUGAGUCAAAAAAAAUAUUUAAAAUAUAUAAUACCAAUAAAUAUUUGUCUAUGGAUGGCUCUACCGUUUCAUGUACUAUUUAAUACUACAAUUAUGAAUGGUAGUUGUGUAUAUCUGCCUGGAAUCUAUUAUGUAUUUAAUACGGUCUAUAAUUUAUUGACAUCUGCUGUAUUUCCGGUUCUUACUCUGUCUAUAUUUAGUUUAUUAAUUAUAAACAACGUUCGCCGACAAAGUCAUCGAAUACAAAUAUUAAUAGUUCAACGACAAUGUCAGAAACAACGACGCGAAGAUCAAAUGACAUUAAUGUUAUUAUCUCAUGUUUUAAUAUUUAUUCUAAUGAAUCUAUUAAAUCCAAUAUUUCAAUUAUAUCUAUUAAUAACAGCCAAUCGUGAAAAACGUUUGGAAGAGCUGAAGCUUUAA